CCAGUGCAAGGAGAGCGAGCUCGAUUUUGGGUUGAUUGUCAAAGUCUAAGAAGAGAUAAUGGAAUCCCUUGGCUCGUUAUGGGGGAUUUAAAUGCUUUGCUUAGCUACGCCGAUAGAAGGGGGAAGGGUCCAAUCUCGGUAUCCUCCUUCUCUUGCUUGGAGCAAUUUAUGGAGACUUGUGAGUUGUAGGAAAUUGGAUUUAGGGGCAAUCCUUAUACCUGGACUAAUAGCAGAUCAGUGGACCCUAGAGAAUGGUUAUCAAGAGUGCAUCCAGAAUGGUUGGCAGGUGCAUAUUACUGGUUCAGAGCAGUAUAAGAGCGAGGAAGAGAUUUCAACAUAUGUUUUUCGAAGCCUGAGCUUUCAAUUCCAAGCUUGCCCUACAACUGCUGAUAUGGAUAUUGUGUUUUCUUUCCCUCAAGUGAUCACAUCAGAAAUGAAUAACUCUCUUUGCACAGACAUCACACUGGAGGAGGUUAAAGCUGCUACUUUCCAAUUAGGAGCCUUUAAAGCACCAGGUCCGGAUGGGUUUCCUGGAGUUUUCUACCAAAAACAUUGGGACUUGGUUGGUGAGCAAUCUGCUUUUGUGCCUGGUAGAAUGAUCCAGGACAAUCUUGUUGUUGCGCAUGAGGCAUUCCACGGUUUUGCUCAUAGAUGUUAUUCUCAAGAUGCCUACAUGGCACUUAAAUUAGACAUCCAUAAAGCAUAUGAUACGGUGGACUGGCUAUUUUUGGAGCAAGUGCUAAGGGCGAUGGGUUUCCAUGAUUGGUGGGUUGCUAGAGUAAUGGAGGUUGUUCGAUCAACCUCAUAUUCAAUUCUAAUCAAUGGUAAACCCACCAAAACCUUUUUCCCUGGGAGAGGGCUUCGACAAGGAGAUCCCUUGUCCCCAUACUUAUAUCUGCUUGUGGUAGAUGUUUUGUCUAAACUUGUAUCUCGUGCAGUGAGAGAUGGCUCCCUAUAUGCUUAUCGUAUAACAAGAAGGUGCCCCCUUAUUAGCCAUUUGCUUUUUGCUGAUGAUGCAUUACUUUUUUGCAAGGCUUCUGUCAAUCAAGCUUCUUUCUUGAAAGAGCUACUCUCUUGGUAUGGUGCAAUGUCAGGUCAGCACAUUAAUUUUUCCAAGUUUGCAAUUCUUUUUAGCAGAAAUACUUCUCUUUCGUUGAAGACUACUAUCUGCUCUUUAUUUUCUAUUCCUCGCGAUGCACCUGUGCACAAGUAUUUGGGCCUCCCUACUAGUUGGGGAAGAUCCAAAAAACAGAGUUUACAAUUUGUUAUUGAGAAAGUGCAGCAGAAGUUGCAGGCUUGGAAGAAAUCGCUAUUAUCUACAGCUGGCCGAGAGUGUUGGCGUCUUAUUCACAAUCCUAAUAGUCUAUGGGUGAAGCUUUUGCGUGCUUUGUAUCACCCUCAUGGCCAUUUCUUGCAGGCUAAGCUUGGUUUCACUCCCUCUUGGAUUUGGAGAAGUCUCUUACAAGGACGAGAUGUUCUAAAAUUGGGGCUGCGGUGGAACAUUGGUAAUGGUCAAAAUGUGUUCCUUUGGGGUCACAAAUGGAUACCUACCAAGCAGGGAUUUCAGGUUUCAACCCCCCAACCACAACAUGGCUACAACGUCAAGGUAUGUAAUUUGCUAACUCCCACUUUCGGGUGGGAUUUGCAGAAGCUUAAUCUUCUUUUAUGCCCUGAAGAUGUGAAGGAUAUAGUACAAGUUCCAGCUGGCCCAUCUCCAGACAAAUUAACAUGGCAUUUUACAAGGACUGGGGAGUUCACAGUUCGUUCUGCUUAUCACCUUGCAAGGACGAAUGGUUUUGGAUUGUUUCCAUUAACUAAUUUCCAGGUCAGUCCUUUUCCCUCCUUUUUGAAAUCUAUAUGGAAGUUGGAUGUCCCCCCCAAGGUAAAACUUUUCCUGUGGAAAGUUCUCACUAAUGCUUUACCUGUUAAGGCAAAUCUUUUUCAUAAGGGCAUAGUGGAGAGCCCUAUUUGUGGUCUUUGUGGUGGGGAUGAGGAGUCUAUUACCCAUAUGCUAUUCACUUGUCAAUACGCUGCUCGAACUUGGUUUGUCUCUCGACUUGCCUUUCAUCCUACUAUUUCAUCUAUUUCUGAGAUGGUUAAUUGGUGGAGUUUUGUUUCCUCCCAAUGGGAUAAAUGUAUUCCAAAUAUAAUGGAAGAAACCACUUGCUUGUUCUGGUAUAUAUGGAAAAACAGGAAUCUAGGCAUUUUUCAAGGCCAAGCAAUGCCACCGCAACUGGUUGUUCAGAAGGCCAUGUUUCUAGCAGACGAGUUUUGUAGAGUUAAUGGUAAAGACCCCCUUAUUCCACCAGUGCUACAACUUCGGGAUGGAUUAGAGGAUAAAUUACAACGGUGGAGUCCACCACCCGAAGAUGUUGUUAAAUGUAAUACUGAUGCAGCUGUGGAUGUUAAAAAUGGUGUUGCAGGUCUAGCUGUGGUCUGUCGCAACAGUAGGGGUAUUCUUGUUGAUGGUUUGGCCUUCAAACAAUCAAUUAGUUCUAUUUUAAUGGCUGAAACUCUUGCAUUAAGAGCUGCAGUAGGCUGGGCAGCUAGGAAUGGCCUCAAAGACAUCAUUUUUGAAUCUGACAGCAAAGAGCUCGUGCAAGCUAUUAACAAAAAGGUUCAUUUGCCUUGGCAAAUAGAGCCAUUGGUGCUAUCCGUGUGGGAGCUGUGCAAGUCUUUCUCCUUUUGUGAAUUUAACUAUGUAUGUAGGAAGGCUAACUCUGCAGCUGAUUGGGUGGCCAAAAAGUGCCUUAAGAAUUUGUGCCUUGAGAAUUUGUGCCCUCUCUACUGGACCACCAAUCCACCUACAAUGCUACGUAAUCUUUUGCGUACUGAUGUAAAUUAUUAAUUAACUAAUACAAAUUCUCAUGCAUG